GAACUCGUCGUCAUCUUGGUUCUCGCCGUCCCCACGAUUCGGCGGCAUGCGUCCAAGCACGAUCAAGGCCUUGUACAAGAUGCUUCUUCGAGAUGUACGAAAGAUGGCUGCUGCCCCAGGAUUCCGCCUGCGGGAGUCACUCGUGCCAGAGCAAUGGGGGCACGGCACACUGUACCCCGCGGCCCGUGACCCAACGACUGCAUCUUCGUAUCUCUCCGGUGACGAAAAGGCGCGUUGGACGAAGCUGCAGAGGUUUCUCGCUCCUUGGAGGGGACAAGAUAUUGACUUUGUCGAACUCGUGCGCACCAAAUUCCGUUCUGGCGAUCCGUCCCACCUGGACGACCUCAUGUGGGCGGUGCAAGAAGUUUCGCAUCAGCGCCUCUUGGCCGAAUCCUCCAGUGUGAACAAAACCGACGACAUCCUCAUUGAAGCCACGGGACGGUACCUUCCCCAGCACUCGGAUCCAUCGGCCAGGCGGUUUCGAUACACAUACCGCAUCCGUGUGUUCAAUGAAGGGACAAGCACGAUCCGAAUCACGGGACGACACUACAUAUUCGACCACGGCAACCAAAAACGUGAGAUUCUGCCGCGCCAUUCGCCGCAGGUGGUGGGUCUCACGCCCACGAUCAAGCCAGGUAGACUCGUCGUCGUGUCUUCUAUUCACGCGAACAUGACAGGAGAAAUGUUUGAGUACGCGAGUGGCGUCGACUUGGAGACGAUUGCGGGUUCCGUUCGUGGCUGCCUCCACGCUGUACGCGUCGAAGUCGACGGUUCGGAGACCGAGUUUGAUGCGAUCGUGGCCCCAUUUUCGCUGCAGCCGACGGUCUUGGAUGCCAUGAUGUUGCAGUAAGAAUAGACAAGUGAUCAGUAUACGUGCUCGUCUGGAGGCGCUGUGGGCAUGUCGAGGGUGCGCAGACUCAUGUCAAAGAGUGCGAGGCAGACGACUCCGACGACCCAAACGGACACCGCUAACGGCAGUCGGGCGAGCAACGGACAGAUGGCAGCUUCAGCGAUGCACGCAGCUUUCGAGAGAUUUGGGAGGUGGAUGGCCAAACUCCAGAUGAUAAACAGCCCAAGCACGACGAGCACGGCCGCCGCGGCCGCUGCCGACGAUGCUGCAUCGUGCCGCAUUGUCAAGUUGAAUCCAGCACGGCGCAACUUGAACGUAGCUGGCCAAUCCAUGCGGAA